AAGUGUGAUCCGUGGGACACCGAGAAACGUUUCCGUUCCGUUCCUCAACGGAGAAGCAACAACGCGAGAAGGCGAAGAAAAGAGACAAACGGAAAGGAGCUCUCUCACUCUCGUCAUCGGCAGAAAAGCAAACAACUUCUCUGCAAUGACCAUGGCCCUCUGCUCGCCAUCUCUUUUGUUGCCCUCCUCCUCCUCCUCCUCCUCCUCCUCCAUCAAUCUCCCCUUUCCUCCUUCGUGUUCUCCACCACUCCUCCCUCUCGCUCACUCGCCGUCGUCUCUUCGACCUUCAUUUUCGUUCCUCUCCUCACACCGUCCCUCACACAGCCUCGCCUCCUCUUUAUCAGCUCGACGUCACCCAAGGAGCGGUCGUAGGACGGUGCCUCGUUGCACUCUCUCGGACGUUCCCAUGGAAGAAACAGCUGUGCUUCAGCAUACCGUCCCUCCGGAUUUUUUGUCAUAUGCAAGGGCUUUUUGGGUUACUAAAGCCCUCAUUGCUUGGAACAUCAGCGAUGACGAAACUUCAGUUUCUUUCUAUGCUAGUAGGAAGGCUGACCUACACCUUUCAGAUGAAGGCAUUCAAGGUUAUGAUGUAAAAAUUCCGCUUGAAACAGAGUGUUGUGGGCUACCAACAAAUGUAAUUCAAAAAUUUCCACACAUUGCAACCUAUAAAGCAUUUAAGUUGCCAACUUCUUUAGAUGCUGAAAGCCUUCUCAAAUGCCAGUUGGUAGUUGCUUCCUAUGGUGUUGAUGGAAAAUGCAUGAAUGCUACUAGCCUUCAGAUACCUGGUGUCCUUGAUGACAUUUUUGCAUACACCGGGCCUCUUGGUGCUACUUUUGACAACGAAUCUGUGACACUUCAUCUUUGGGCUCCUACAGCACAAGAGGUGAAUGUGUGUUUUUAUGAGGAUCCCUUGGGUGGAGACUUGCUACAAAGAAUUAAGCUUGAGGAGACAAAUGGUGUUUGGAGUGCUGUUGGACCAAGUAGCUGGGAAGGUCUUUAUUAUGUUUAUGAAGUUUCUGUCUAUCAUCCAAGCAUUUUGCAAGUGCAGAUUUGCACUGUUGUUGAUCCCUAUGCUCGUGGGCUUUCCUCAAAUGGUAGGCGAACUUGGUUGGUGGACCUUGAUAGCAAAAAUCUAAAGCCAGUUGGAUGGGAUAAAUUGGCAGAUGAAAAGCCUGAGCUUCUUUCCUUUUCUGAUAUCAGCAUAUAUGAACUGCAUAUACGGGAUUUCAGUGCAAACGACCAAACUGUAGACUUUGAUUCUCAAGGUGGCUUCCUUGCCUUCACAUUGCAGUGUUUGUGACCUCCUUUCAUUUACAUAUCUGGCUCCUCUUUAGAAGGCUGUGUACCUAAUUGUACUGGCAAGGCAUCAAGUG